AUGUCUAUCUGUCUAUCUAUCUAUCUAUCUAUCUAUAGUUCUUUCUUUCGUUCUUUCUCUCUUUCCUUUCUUUUCUGUUCUUUCCUUUCUUCUUUCUUUUCUUUCUUUAAUUCGUUUUCCUUUCUUUCUUUUUUCUUUUCUUUUCUUUCUUUCUUGUUUUUUCUUUGUUUCUUUUCUUCAUUUCUUUCUUUCUUUUCUUGCUAUCAUUCUUUUACUUUCUUCUUUUUUCCUUUUACAUUCUUUUAUUUUUCUUUCUUUCUUUCGUUUUUCUUUCCUUCUCUUCUUUCCUUCUCUUCUUUCUUUGUUUUCUUGCUUUCAUUCUUUUUCUUUCUUCUUUUUACUUUCUUUCGCUUUUCUUUCUUUCGUUUUUCUUUCUUUCCUUCCUUCCUUUCUUUCUUUCAUUAUUUUUUUCUUUUGUUUUUACGUCCUUUCUUUCUUUAUCGUCUUUUCUUGUUUUCUUUCUUUUCCAUUCUUUGUCCCUUUCUUUCUUUCUUCUUUCUUUUUUCUUUCUUUCUGCGAGCUUAA